AUGGGUGGAAAAAAGACAAAACAAGACCAUGUUCUCAGGAUUUAGCCAAGAUCUGGUGGCAUUAAGAGGAUGGGGCAAGUGCUGGAAGCUAAGUUGGGCACCUGGAUCCUUGGGGUGGUGGGGAUGUGAAAAAGGAAGUAGGUUAUGAAAAGAAUGAGUUGGCCAAUUGGAACCAUAUUUCUCAACCUACUAGGAGAGGCCUUUGUCCUCGUGGAAAGGGGCCCAAAUCCCCAUGGCAGGGAGGGUUCUGUGGGUGUGUUCACAUGUGCAGCUCUCUUUGUAGUCUCUGCCACUCCAGGCAGGGUUUCUGUCUCUUUCCUUUUCUCACCCUGCAUCCUUCAGUGUCUUUAUCUCCCUCUGUUUUUUGUUUUGUUUUGUUUUGUUUUUUCCUUUCUUCCUCUUUCCCUGCCUCAUGCCAGCCUGCCUGCUUGCUUGCCUUCUUCCUUCUGAGUCCUAACGCUUUCUUCCACUCCUCGUCUGAUUUCUGGGAGGUCCGCCUGUGUAACCCUGCAGCCUGCCCAGUGCCUUGGUCCCAGCCCACUGCAGCUACAUUCAAGAUUAACUUGCUUCCAUCUCAGGACUCCACCUUAGGGAUCUUCCUCCUUUUCCUCUUCCUCCUCCAGACCACAGAAUAUCCUGUAUCUAGAGGCCUGCAACCAGAAGUCAGGGUGAAUGAGGGCUCCCCCCUCUGGAGAACCCCAGAAGGACUAUACAGCCCAGGGCCUCUCCCCCAUUUAGCCAGGGCCCUGAUGCUGCAAGCCACCAGCUCACCCUGACAAGGGGUCCCCAUGUACCGUUUUCCUUCCCAAGGCCCCCAGCCAAGGCUCCUGGGCUUCCCCCUCCCCCGGGACAUUUCCCAACCCAGAUUAAUCACUGGGGCGGCCCCAGGGAGGAGGAAGAUAGUAUGGCUUACCAUAAAGAAGCACUGAGGCGGAGUGGAGGCUCAAGGACCCAGGCACCCCAGAGGUCAUGAGGCUGGGAUUCAUCUGUGCUCUGCUUUCUCUCCUGGAAGGGCAAAGCUGGGCAGACACCCGGGCCAUCGGGGCCAAGGAAUGCCACCCCAACUCACAGCCCUGGCAGGCUGGGCUCUUCUUCCUCACCCACCUCUUCUGUGGGGCGACCCUCAUCAGUGAUCGUUGGCUGCUCACAGCUGCCCACUGCCGCAAGCCGUAUCUGUGGGUUCGCCUCGGGGAGCACCACCUCUGGAAAUGGGAAGGUCCAGAGCAGCUGUUCCGGGCCACAGACUUCUUCAUUCACCCUGGGUUCAACCAGGACCUCAGUGCCCAAGACCACAAUGAUGACAUCAUGCUGAUUCGUCUGCCCAGGAAGGCAUUUCUGGGACCUGCUGUGCAGCCCCUCAACAUCACCCAGACCUGCGUCUCCCCUGGCACCCAGUGCCUCAUCUCAGGCUGGGGGGCCGUGUCAAGUCCUCGGGUGCAGUACCCACUCACGCUGCAGUGUGCCAACAUCAACAUCCUGGAGCUCAAGCUCUGCCAUCAGGCAUACCCAGGCCACAUCUCUGACCACAUGCUCUGUGCCGGCCUUUGGGAAGGGGGGCGGGGCUCCUGCCAGGGUGACUCUGGGGGCCCCCUGGUUUGCAAUGGGACCCUGGUUGGUGUGGUGUCUGGGGGCUCGGAGCCCUGCUCCAGACCUCAGCGCCCUGCCAUCUAUACUAGUGUGUGCCACUACCUGGACUGGAUUCGAAAAACCAUGGAGGACAACUGAGCCCUCGCUCCUUGGACAACCAGCAGAGGAGAGUGGGCUCAGGGUAGGAGGGUUUGCAAGACUCCAGUCUCAGUGGUCUCCGUCCUUGGCUUCAGAUGGCCUGGAGAAGCCUUCUGGAUAUUCAAGUUCCCAACUUCUGGAUAUCCAGGCUCUGGCCCCCGACGAACUAUAUAGCCGUGCUCCCCCUUGAAAGGAGCAGGGAGACAACCUCUGCCCCCCUUGGCCCCCAUCUCUAUGACGUCACCAGAACUAGCACCGCCCUGAUGGAACAGCAUGACUGUGGCUCUACCUAAGUAAAUACAUCCACUAAAAUAGCUCCUCCCUUCCGAGCUUUGCCCAAUGAGAUUUCUCCUCUGGACGCCACCCCUUGUGGCCCCGCCUCCUUCUUCGGAGAUCCCGCCUUGUGACGUCACCGGAGGGUAGCUUCCCCGCCACGCCCCACCCCGCCCCUGGGUGGAACUCCUGCAGUGUAGGUCUCUGCGCCGCGUGGCCUUGUGCUAGGCUUUUCCAGGGUUUGAAUCCUGGCGGGGACCAGACUGGGAGAAGUUGGGAGAGGGUCUCGGUCCCUUCUGAUCCAAGGGAUGAUUUUACAUUAAACGUAUGGAGCAAUA